UGGUGUUCACAUGCGCGCUGUUACAGAGCGGGGACAGGCUAACUAAUAGGUCUGACCGCUUCAUGCAGCAGAGUAAACGGGAAGACUUGCCUGUGGUACCGGUGUUUGCCGAGCCGAGCCCGCUGUGUUUCCCGGGGGUUGGCGGUAGAGUUUCUCCGUCCCUCCACAGCGCUAGCGCUGGGUACAGACGUGACGUCUAGACGAUUCCAUCCAUACCGCACGUAACGCGUAAGGAGGACCCUGGUGAAUAUUGGCGGUUUUCCUACAGACUGGUGCCGGUUAAAACAAUCAAACGCAACUGAGGUUGAACACAAGAGCCCACGUUGACUUAAACAUGGAUCAAUUCCUUCCAUUCGACAACCUGACUUAUGACGACAAGGGGACUUAUGACGACAACCUGACUUAUGACGACAACGUCAACGGGACGUACGUAUACCCGUACCGCGGCAUACACAUCAUCAUCCCGUGUAUUUACGCCUUCGUCUGCUUCGUGGGGAUCUGCGGAAACUCUCUCGUCAUCUAUGUCGUCCUCCGCUACGCCAAAAUGAAGACCGUGACGAACAUCUACAUCAUGAACCUGGCCAUGGCUGACACGCUCUUCAUGAUCGGUAUCCCGUUCCUGGCGGCGUCCUUCGCGCUGCGCAACUGGCCGUUCGGCACGGUGAUGUGUAAGAUCGUGCUGUCCCUGGACGCCAUCAACAUGUUCAGCAGCGUCUUCAACCUGACCGUGAUGAGCGUGGACCGCUACCUGGCUGUGGUGCACCCCGUCAAGUCCGCCGACUUCCGCCGGCGGAUCGCCAAGGUCGUCAACGUCUGCGUCUGGGUCGCGUCGAUCAUCGUCAUCAGCCCCGUCAUCGUCGUGGCCAGACCGACGGAGGAGCAGGACGGCUCGCUCGCCUGUAACCUGAACUGGUCCGACACGGAGGAGGGGAUGACCUUCUGGUCCACCGUCUUCAUCGCCUACACGUUCGUCAUCGGCUUCGUGGCGCCGCUCAUCAUCAUCGCCGUCUGCUACACCCUGCUGCUCAGGAAGGUCAAGAGCGCAAGCGCGAAGGCAGGGGCGCGAGGCUCGCGCAAGCGCAGCAGACGCAAGGUGACGAGAAUGGUGGUGGUGAUGGUGGUGGUGUUCGUCAUCUGCUGGCUGCCGUUCUACACCCUACAGCUGGUGAACUUGAACGUGCAGCUCCCGGUCACCCCGUUCCUCAUCGGCUCCUACCACUUCAUCGUCACGCUGAGCUACGCCAACAGCUGCGUCAACCCCAUCCUCUACGCGCUGCUCAGCGAGAACUUCAAGAAGAGUUACCAGAAGGCCAUCUGCCACAAGGACGCGUCCAUCGACGCCUUCACCACGCACGACGCCAGCCACACCCGCCGCCGGGUCAACUCGCGCCGCCUGCCGCAGCAGAACGGCAGGACGGAGUCCGUCAGGAUCGAGAUGCGCAGCCUCGGCGGGAACGUCACGCGCACCAGCCUGGAGCGGAACGGGAGGAACCGGAGCCGGGCGUACCACGCCGACACCGUGCGGACCAUCAGUAAUGACCUGGCGCCGGAGAAGGACGAAUAG